AUUUACUUCUGCACAGAACAAUAUGGAGGAUGAUGUGUGCUCACUUCGUGAUCGGCAGACGCAAGGAUGAAAUCGAAUGCAAGGAAUUCACAUACGCUUAAAGAAAACUUCUCUGUGUAGUAUAAUUUUUGAAACCUAACAUCAAUAGUUUUGCAUAGGAAAAGCUGGUUUUGUUGCUCCAGAAAUCAUGGCGGAGAUGGUAUAUGGAACACAUAUCGGUGGAGAGGAGAGUCAUGUAAUGUCCGAAAAAGUGCAGUCACUUGCAGCCACUGUCUACAAGGAAUUUGAAAAGGUUAUUUCGAGGUACGAUGAAGAUGUUGUUAAAGAACUCAUGCCUUUAGUUGUUGGAAUUCUCGAAAAUCUCGAUGGCGCCUACGUUGAGAAACAAGAGCUUGAUGUUGAAAUUGAACUGUUGCGUGAAGAUAAUGAGCAACUGCUUACACAAUACGAGAGAGAAAAACAACUUCGAAAAGGGGCUGAACAGAAAUACCUUGAAAUGGAGGAUGCUGUGGAGGGUGAAAAGAAAGAUUUGGAAGAUAAAGUGGAAAGCUUAGAGUCCAUAGUGCGCAUGCUAGAACUCAAGUCUAAAAAUGCUGCUGAUCAUGUAAGUCGACUAGAAGAAAAAGAAGCUGAAAUGAAGAAAGAAUAUUCUAAACUUCAUGAGAGAUAUACAGAGCUUUUUAAGACCCAUAUGGAUUACAUGGAGCGUACUAAAAUACUCAUGGGAACAGACAAGAUUGCAGAGCUAAGUGGAAAUAGUCCUAGAGUGAAGGGUGGUUUUCAUAUGCCAUCUUUGAGGCCAGUAAGCAUAGGACCUGGCAUUACAUUCCCCAUAGAUUUACACAGAUCUGAAGCCAGUCCCAUGGGAUACGAUUUGACAUCACCUCAAAGUGCAAGGGACUCCAAUGUUAGUCUGAAGAGUGAACUCAGUGACCUUGACUCGCCAGAGAAGGCCAAGCACACCAAAGAAGCUGCCGUCACGAGUGAUAAAGAACAACUCACAGACAGCAUUGACGUCACAGAAAAGGCCACAGGUACAACAGCCCUCACAGCUCCUGUUGCCCAAACCUCACCUCCCCAAAGCACACCUAAGGAUGAAAAAGCAGAUCAAGCUACUGAAAUCCCAGCCCCAUCUUCAAAGAGUGUUGUAGAAACCAGAGGGAUGGUCAUUCAGGAGCAAGGGGCUCCCAAGGUGGCCAUCCCUGCACAGAUUAGGCAUGAGGAAUGGCAGACAUCAGGGCAUCCUAAGGAGGCAGUGGUCAUGAGAUGCAUACCUAGUGGUGCGGGGGCUGUGCAGCAGCAAAGAUCCAUUCCAUGUGAAGAUGAUGGGUUUGAGGAAGAUCAGUUGCCUGCGGACUUUGGAUUGUCACAAACUCUGGCACACAUAGUGGCCACGACUCCAGAAUUAGAAGAGUCACAAGAGUCAGUGUUGUCCCAUGGCAGCAAUGGAAAACGCAAAUCUGUGAGAAAUGAUAGUUCCAUUUUUGAUGAGCUGACAGUUCAGGGAACAGACAUGAUAGCAGAGGUCGAUUUUGGUGCAGACAUCACAGGCCGUGAAGUGAACCCUGCAGAUUAUGCUUCAUCAGACAGUGAGGAAAAUGAGCAGGAAGAUGAGGAGGGUGAGACUGAGAGAGACAAUGAUGCAGACUCUGUCAGUGACAAUUUCUUUGGUAUGGGGAAGGAACUCGAAAACUUGAUCUUGGAAAAUACUGAACUCUUGGCGACCAAGAAUGCUCUUAACAUUGUCAAGGAUGAUCUGAUUGCCAAGGUGGAUGAGCUGACUAGUGAACAAGAAAUUCUUAGAGAGGAGAUCAAUUCUCUUCAGGCUGUCAGGAGCCGUCUCCAGCAGCGCAUAGCUCAGUUGGAGGAGGAAUUGAAGAAGACGAAAGAGGAGAUAGAAAAGAAAACUCAGGCAACACGUGAGGAGGAGGAGGAGGAUGUACCAAUGGCUCAGCGCAAGCGGUUUACUCGAGUGGAGAUGGCCAGGGUGCUGAUGGAACGUAACCAAUAUAAAGAAAGACUGAUGGAGCUGCAGGAGGCUGUACGUUGGACAGAAAUGAUCCGUGCAUCUCGAGAACAUCCUGGUGAACUAAACACGGGCAAGAAGAAGUCUUCUGUUUGGAACUUCUUCAACAACCUCUUCAGUUCCUCCAACAAGCCCAAGCGCCCUCUACCAGUGGCCACUGUGAAGUACAAUGCACCAACUACACAUGUGCAGCCUGUAGGUGACCCCAACAAGAAAAACCGAGAAAAAAUGACAUCAACUCAAGGUCAGGGGAGCCAAAAGACCAAAGCCUACGAUUUCCUUCAAGAUGAUAUAACCUCAGAGAAAGUAAAAAAAGAGCGUGAGAAGGAACGACGAGAGCAAUACAAGCAAGUUCGUGCCCAUGUCAAGAAAGAAGAUGGGAGACUUCAAGCAUAUGGGUGGUCACUACCUGCAAAAUUCACUCCACCACGUGAAGUGUCUAACAGAAGCCACAUUUCGGUACCAGUUCCAGUAUACUGCAGGCCUUUGUAUGAUGAUUUGGUGGGAGUAAAGAUAUGGUGUGCUGCUGGAGUCAAUUUGACUGGCGGUAGGACUCGUGAUGGUGGCUCCAUUGUGGGUGCCAGCGUCUUCUAUUCUAAUGUUCCAGAGGAGCAGGAACAGCAGCCAGAGACCAAGGAUGAAGUUGAAAAACUUAACAAAGAAUUGAAGGAGCACGAAAAAGAAGUAAAGAGCAGUGAGCAAGAGCACUUGUCAUCCUUGGUUUGGAUCUCUACCAGCAUGCACAACAGCAGUCGUGUCACUGUUGUAGAUGCCAACAAUCCGGGUGACAUUCUUGACAAUUUUCGCAUCUCUUCUUCCCACAUUCUGUGCAUCGCCAGCAUUCCAGGUGCUAUGGAGUCUGACUAUCCAGUGGCUGAAGAAGUUUUGAAGGCUGAGGCACCAGUGCUGCCAAAAGAGACAGUUGUUUCAUCUGGCACAUCUAGUAAUGGAUCUGGAGAGAAUGCAGGCAUUGGAGGCAUCACAUUUGUGCAGUGUGCAGUUGGCCCCAGCAGUCGUGGACAUAGCCCUGAAAACUCUCCAAUGGGCUCCCCACGCAGUUCCUCAGAGUUUGGAGAAGAAGCAAAAGUGGAUCUUUCAUCUGCUACUAAAGGUGAUGAACAGUUUCAAGAAGAGAGUGAGAAGACAGACACAGAGAGGGAGAAGGAGUCAGCUAGGGACUCCGGCAGUCCACAGCAAGAUGUAGAAGAGGAUGCAUCUGAGGGAAAGAGGGAAAGCAAACCAGUGAUGUACCGUGCAACAGGUUCUCCACCAUCAUCAGGUGCCACAACUCCAACAGAUGGGGACAGUAAAAUUCAGAGGAUAUCCAUCAACCCUCCUGAUAUUGUACGUGAUGGCAUCUCACCACUCCCUACAGAAAACGAAUUACAGUAUGAAGAAGCAGAGAAGAUGAGCAGCCUGCUGCCCACCAUGUGGAUGGGAGGCCAGAGUGGCAGUCUCUAUGUGCAUUCUUCAGUGGCACAGUGGCGGCGGUGUAUACAUUCAGUAAAACUCAGGGACUCCGUUUUGGGCAUAGUGCAUGUUAAAGGUCGAGUAUUUGUGGCAUUAGCAGAUGGAACAGUGGCCAUCUUUCAUCGAGCAGCAGAUGGACAGUGGGAUCUGCUUAACUAUCAUCUACUUGAUCUUGGCCGGCCUAAGCAGUCCAUUCGCUGCAUGACUGUUGUUGCUGGUAGCCGUGUGUGGUGUGGAUACAAGAACCGCAUCCAUAUCAUCAACCCUAAGGAAAUGAGCAUAGAGACAAGCUUUGAUGCUCACCCACGCAAGGAGAGCCAAGUACGACAGCUGUGCUGGGUGGGAGAUGGGGUGUGGGUCUCCAUCCGAUUGGACAGUACGCUGCGGCUGUACCACGCUUACACUCAUCAACACCUCCAAGAUGUGGAUAUAGAACCAUAUGUCAGCAAAAUGCUGGGCACAGGAAAACUUGGGUUUUCAUUUGUGAGGAUCACGGCAAUGUUGAUAUCCUGCAAUCGUUUGUGGAUUGGCACAGGCAAUGGAGUCAUUAUCUCAGUGCCUCUUUCGGAAAGUAACAAGCAGUCUGUGAUGGGCACUGGGGCAGGCUCCGGCACCACCAUCUCAGGAAGUGUGGGCCGCCCAGGUGGCGUCAUCCGUGUAUACAGUAACAGUCGCACAGACAGUGUCACACCUGGCAGCUUCAUUCCAUACUGCUCAAUGGCUCAGGCUCAGCUUUCCUUUCAUGGGCAUAAGGAUGCAGUCAAAUUCUUUGUUGCUGUUCCAGUGGAUGAAGCGUCCACAGGAGGGAAAACCGUCUCUAAGCUUGCGAAAAUCAAGCAGCGAGGUCCGCAUGAAGGUCUGCCCAGAAAAGGCAUGAGCGCGGCCUCUGACGACAGCACCCAGAGCUCUGUGGACAAGAACCGCCUGGAAGCCUCUCCUGCGCUUCCCACCAACAGCAAGCUGAUUCUGUCUGGAGGCGAGGGUUACGUCGACUUCAGGAUGGGUGACGACGAAGAGCACACGGAACCGAUGGAGGAGGUGAAGCCGGAGUCGCUGAGCAAGCUGGACCGCAGUCAUCUUAUCGUGUGGCAGGUCACUGCCCCACAGUGAGUGCCUCAUCCUCCCAUCUCCUCCCAACCCCCUUCUUCGCCGGCUGCCUGUCUCGCGCACCGAGGCUGUGGCGGCGAGGGGGGUCACGCGCCUUCCCCUGCAAGACGGCCCUUGGCGCCAUCAAGAACAACUGCAAAAGGACAAAAAUACAUAUGUAUAUUCUGUCGUCUUAACCAGGCAAAAUAUGUACAACUUUUCUUUUGUGUCUGUGAUCCUCUCAUUAGCGUUGUCGUGGAUUGUACGUGCAGUGAGCUUGUAAAUACCACCUCUCCCUAGACCGGCAAGCGUCUCGCGACACAAUGCAAAUGCACUGUAGAUAGUCCCACCUCACAAGACAAGCUUUUUUGGAGGAUCAGGAGCAAUUCGCGGAAAAUCAUUUUUAGUUCAAGCGAAAUCCAUUGCCGAUAAGUUUAAAAAGGGAGAGGAGGAAAGCGAAGCCUGGUAUACUCCACCCUCUCAACCCCUCCCUCCCACCCACCCCCUUUUUUUUUAACCCGCUCUUGAAUUGGUUGCCGUGACGCUUUCAGCGAGAUGGGUGUGUAGCGGGCGACGAUUUGCCGACCGGUACCAGCCCCUCGCUCUUUCCCUGUCUGUGAUUUAGUUUCUGGGCAUAUACCGAAAAUUUUUUACCAGUCACGUGACUUUUCGGAGCAGUCACGUGAAGCUUCUGGGCAGGCUCGCGAUAUUUCAUUCUCCACGAAUCUACCUAUGGAAGACCGUUGAAAAUCAGUGAUGAGUCAGUCGUCAGUGCAGAUGGUUUUAUUGUCCCAAUUUUUUAAAGCUUGGUUUGUUUCAUUAGGGUUUUAGUUAUGUAUUUUAUUAUUAUUUAUUUUCAAUGAGUUGCAGACUGGGGGAAAUCUGUGGACGUCUGUCUCAUGUGAAAUCUCAUUACUGCGUUUCGAGAACUUUUUUUUUUUAAACGCUUUUCGACACUAAGGUCCUUUUGAUUUCAUUCCUACAGACACUUAGAAAAACCCAGCUAGUCAGUAGUUUAGUGUUAGACAAUACAGUAAGUGCUCCUGUCGUUCUUUUUGUUGUUUUUAUUUCCUUCAGUUUGCUCUCAGUCUUGUGUCGGAAUGAAAUGCAGACAGCGCCUUUCAUCCUAAUUCGAAAGCGGCCACCGCACUUAGUGUGUCAUUAUUUAUGUCUUAUUUAUUACGAGGAAAGUUUUGACCUUUCGCAACACAUCGUUUCACGCGGUAAUGCUCGUUAAUCUCAUCCCCAGCAUUUUUUCUUUUUGUUCGUGUGUGUGUGUGGUUUUUUGUUGUUUUAAUCUUGUUUUGGGGCUAUUUUAUUGAAGUGUUUUUUAAAAAAGAAAGGAAAUAAGGGAGAUCUGAAGACGACCUUGGAGGCUGAUGUGAGUUGAUGAAGAAUUGUUGAUGUGCGGCUGAUGUUGAUUUUUUUGUGUCAGUCCGAUCUCUUGCUGGACAAAUGUGACGCGCCCAUCAGCAAAGCUCUGCUGGUAAAAGAAAACCCCAUCACACGAUAAACAAUGCGGCUUGCGACUAAGUGUAUCACUGCUAUGUGAUACCCAGUCUGAACUCCAUCAUGCAAGUACAGAUCAUAAUUUUGUCCAUGUGACAUUAAGAAGGAACUGGGAGAGUGUGUGGAGGUGGUAUUUUGACUGGCCGCCGAGAGAUAGGAUUACAAACAUUACACAGAAGUGCUUCUGUUUAUUGUGAGCAUAGUUCUAAAGUUUAAAAUGGAAACAGCACAAUGAUAAAAGAGGAUGGAUGUCAAAAUAUGAAAACAAUAACCUGAUGUAUUAAACUCGAAGAUCCUACAAGCGCUUUUUUUCUUUUGUUAUCUCUCUCUCUCUCUGUCUCCUUUUCUUCCUUUCAUCAACUCCCUCUGUCCCCGUCUUAAAUUCUCAAGGGUUAUAUUUUAAUUGUUUUCCUUUGUAUCAGUAUUGUCAGUCAACAUGUUUUCUAAUGUUAUUAAAAGAUUUUUGUUUUUAAUCCCAGGAUUUGACCCACUUAUUUGCUUAUCGCUUUGAUAUAGCAUAAGCGUUUUGUAUUGAAGUAACCACUUAGUGUGAGGUAAAGUACGUCAGCCGUUUUAUCAAUUUUUAUUCUACGAGAGCUUUUGAAAUUUUUUUAAGUAUGUUGCACGCACAAGAAGUUUUUUUUUUAAUUCUGCUUUUAAACUACGUUUUACAUGCACUUUUAGCGGAGUCACAUUUUAGUGCAGUUUUAGAGAAAGGGUCAACAAAGCCGAUUGUCUGUGCAGAGAGCCCGCCCUGUGUCGGGUCAUCAAGUUCCCUAAGCGAGGAGGCUAUUUUUAAGUGACAUUUGCAGUCAGCGGAGGUACAUUGAAGACCCGGAGGGACGGGCAAAGGUAGACCAGUGGUCAAUCGAUGGCCGGAAACGGAUAGCAGCGUCCGAGACCGCAGGCGGCGAGGGAGAGGAGAUGAACCCUGCCCUGUUACAAUAAAUAAAUAAGGCUGAACUCUAGAAAAUUGCGGUCACACAAUUUCCUCACUCCCCAGCUAGGGAAUACUUAGAGGGCUACCUUUACCGUUUACGAGGGCCAGACCAGAUCUUGCCCUGUACUUUUGCCUCGAAUUAAUAGAUGAUGUCGUUGUAUGUGCCUCCUAAAGACUGGAUUAAUAGAGCGUUCAGCUUAGUUCGCCAGCUAGGUGAUUUCGUCAUCUUGUGCCAGUUGACUGCGAGAGGGAUGGAAGACCGCGUUCUGAGACCGUCCUUAUCGACACAUUCUACCUGGGGGUAGCGUCCACAUCCCUCUUCACCCCGAACACGGGUUACAGAGAGAAUUCUGAGCUGAAAUCAAGAUCGCUGAAAACAGUUGUAAAACCGGACCUCGCAACAGGGGAUGUGAUCUGACGGUUCAUACCCUACCCUACCCUUCAGCCACUUCUCCCUGCACCUGCUUCACCCUUAAGAUAGCGUUUUGUCUAAUGCUUGUUUUAUAUACAAACAGCCCCAGAUAAAAUUCCAUGGACUCUUUUUACUUGCAUUUUAUUGCGUGUAGCUAAGUCGAUAGUUUUGCCUGGGUGGUUGCCGACGUCCACUUCCAGUGGACAAGUGUCACGUGCUGGUGCACAGUGGCCUGAAGGCUUAGAGCCUUUAGCAGUUGAAUAUGUCAAUGUGGGAUGAGGCCACUACUUAUUUUUGAGGGCUGAGUGUUCAUUUAGUUUCCAGUGCAAUGAAUGUUCAUAUAUUUCACCCGGGUGAUACGCGUGCAUUUCUCUUUAUUGUGUAACAUGUAUAUCGUGUAUUUGUGAGGCUGUGCAUGGCGUAGCAGGCUAAUAUAAAAAAGACUUUAGCCCAUAAAACUUUGUACUUGCACAUAUUUGGUAAACAUUCUGCAUAUUGAGCUUUGUUGGAUUUUUUUUGUAUACAGAUGUUUCCGAGCCUGCUGAUUGGUCGUGUGCAGUAAGAUAUGAUUUGCUGCCUAUCUGUAUACUCAGUGCAAAAAAGUAUUCUCGAUGUAAGAAAUUUGAGGCACUCUGAAACUUCUGGUUUAGAAGUAUUUUUUAUGUAAACAGAGAUAGAAUCUCUGUAAGAUGCAUGCAUUAUGCAGAUCGUUGCACAGGUAUUGGAGGAGCUGAGCUAGAGAUUAGAUGUGUUAAAGGGCAACACGAGCGCUCAGCGAUAAUCGCUGGAAAUAAGAGUAAAAAGGAUCACAAAAACAUAUUCCGGUGAGUUUUUAUGAUAAACAGGCACUAAAAAUAGUACAUUAAUUUUUUUUAAUCCCCUGGAUUUAUCGAGAAAAUAGGAAGUGACAAUAGGGUAGUAUUUUGAAAAAUAUGAAUCUGCUUCUGAAAUCGCUUCUUGAACACAACCUAAGCAAUAUUUCUUCAUCUGACUAGAAGACAUACAGAGAUGUACUGGACUCACUGUUACAAAUACUACUUAUACGCAACUCCAGUGUCGGAGAGUAAUUUUCUUCUGCUUUCCUAGUGGCAGGUGAGAAUGUCAAUGUUUUAAGACGUAUCUUGAUAAUGAAGAGUAAUUAUGUGCUCAUUUUGUGAAGUAUUGUUUUAACAUGAACAAACCAAACAUAAAGAAAAAAAUGUUCCACUCAUGUUGCCCUUUAACACGACUAGUGGGCAUGAUGUUUGAAACUACGGGAGACAGAUAUGUACGGGUCGGGGAAGUAGAAAAUGAGAAUAUCACAGUGUUGGAAAAUCAUGUUUGUUGGUCCGUGCAAUUUUUUUAAAGCUGUAGGUGCGUUGCGUGCAGUAUUGAGUGUGCUGGCACUGGCUGGCAUGUAUGAACGUUUAGAAUGCGCAAGUGAAGAGAAUCAGCUUCAGCUGUAUGGUUUAUAUUCUUUUUAUGCAAGAUUUAUUGUACAUUUUCUGUUCUUUUGAUGAAUGUUGAUUUUUUUUUAUAAGCACAACUCAACUUUUGUAACUUUUAUUGCGUUCGCAUAUGUAGUGUUUGUACCAAUGUGCAACAGCCAAAGCAUGUUUUCGUUUCUUUGUUGUUUUGUUUUUUUGUUUUUUUGUUUUUUUUUUAUAUUUUUAACAUGCCUGUGUAUGUAUGUACAUGUAAUAGUUACUUUGCUACAGUUUGUAUGCGCGUAAACGGUUUUUUAAUGUCUCUGCUUGUAAAGAUGUCUUGUAAAAAGUUAGAAACCUGUUUGGCCAGAAGCUAACGCUGUUGUAAGCUGCCUGUCACAGUACCUGCCAUGUCUGCACACGUCACGCCAGGAACAUUAUGGCGCUGGUCUGCAUAAUGUGCACCUUAGGCCUACGUAAAGUCAGCAGUGAUCAUGUCGUUGUGUUAGCCCAGCUAGCCCACCCCAGUGUCUCUGUGUACCAUACCAAAAAAACAGAAAAAUAAAUUAAUUAAAAAAAUUUCUGACCGGGUCUUUGUGCACAUCAUCCUUCAGGACACAAUCUGCUGUGCAAAAGGAUGUAUCUUCAUGGGAUCAUUCAAAGCAAAUUCAGGUUCAUUUGCAUGGUGAUAAAAUAAUAAAUGAAAUGA